AACCUCCAUGCGACGCCCGAGAUCGCCUUCCACGGCGACCCGGACAUUGACACGAUGCCGAUCCUCGCGUGGUCGCUCAAGAUGGCGCAGCACGCCGUCGACUCGCCCGUCGGUCUCUUCUUCAUGCGCUACCAAGCGUACUUGUACUUUCCCAUUCUGCUCUUUGCGCGCAUCUCGUGGGUGAUCCAGUCGGCCAUGUACGCCUUCUACAACAUUGGGCCUGGCGGCACCUUUGACAAGGUCCAGUACCCUCUGCUCGAGCGCGCCGGCCUCCUGCUCUACUAUGGCUGGAACCUCGGCCUUGUGUACGCCGCCAACAUGUCGCUGCUGCAAGCGCUGUCGUUCCUCUUUGUGAGCCAGGCGUCGUGCGGCCUCUUCCUCGCGAUGGUCUUUAGCGUCGGCCACAACGGCAUGGAGGUGUUUGAUAAGGACAGCAAGCCCGACUUUUGGAAGCUCCAAGUGCUCUCGACGCGCAACGUGACGUCGUCGGUCUGGAUCGACUGGUUCAUGGGCGGCCUCAACUACCAAAUCGACCACCACUUGUUCCCGAUGGUGCCCCGGCACAACCUCCCGGCGCUCAACGUGCUCGUCAAGUCGCUCUGCAAGCAGUACGACAUUCCGUACCACGAGACGGGCUUUAUCGCGGGCAUGGCCGAAGUCGUCGUGCACCUCGAGCGCAUCUCGAUCGAGUUUUUCAAGGACUUUCCAGCCAUGUAA